AUGAGCAUACUGCCCCUCCUAACGCCAAUGCCCCCGGACGAGAUCUUCGACCUGAAUCGCGCCUACGCCAAGGACGAUAGUCCACGCAAGGUCAAUCUCAGUCUAGGAGCCUGUCGCACAGACAAUAACGAGCCUUGGCCUCUGCCAGUUGUACAAGAAGCCGAGAAGCGUGACUUGGCAGAGGUCGACCGCUCUCGGCAUGAAUACACGUCCAUUCAAGGAGACGUAACCUUCCUUGAGCUGGCCAGAGACUUGCUAUUUGGCUUCAGCAGCCACUCCUCACUUAGAAAGAAGCAAGAUGCAAUCAAAUCGCGCAUCGCCUCCGUCCAGACCAUCGCAGGCACUGGCGCGAAUCACCUUGGGGCCCUAUUCUUGGCAACACAUCUGAAGCCACGAGCCGUCUGGCUCUCGGAUCCCUCGUGGGACAAUCACCAAAGAAUCUGGGAGCUAGUCGGCGUGCCCUGCAAGAGCUACCCUUACUACUCGUCUUCCACUCGUUCCCUCGAUUUUGCGGGGAUGAUGUCUACUCUCGAAUCCGAGGCGCAGGAGCACGAUGCUAUCCUCCUUCAAGCCUGCGCCCACAACCCGACCGGGGUAGACCCCAGCAAAGAGCAAUGGAAAGCCCUGGCGAGUUUGGUGGAGUCCAAGCGUCUGUUCCCCUUCUUUGAUUCCGCGUACCAGGGUUUGGUCUCUGGAUCCGCGUACAAGGACAGCUGGCCGAUUCGGCACUUCCUGGCCGAGAAGCCCAACAUAGACUUCUGCGUUGCACAAAGUCUGUCCAAGAACUUUGGUCUGUACGGGCAGCGAGUCGGCGCGUUCCAUUAUGUUCUUGGGAAAGGGACACGGAAUCCCCCUGAUGUCAUCGUCAACAACCUUUGCCAUCUUAUCCGCAGCGAGUAUUCGGUGGCUCCUACCGGAGGUAGUAGACUCGUGAAGACGAUAUUGUCUAAUUCUGGAAUGAACAUGCAGUGGAAAAGCAAUCUGAAGACCAUGAGUCAGCGUCUGUCAGCCAUGCGACAAGCCUUGUACGCUGAGCUGAUCCGGCUCGAAGCACCCGGGUCGUGGCGGCAUAUCGUUGAACAGAACGGCAUGUUCUGCUACACAGGCCUAAACCCAGCGCAGGUCGAAGUCCUGAAGAUCAAAUUCCACAUCUACCUGCUGAGAUCUGGGAGGAUAUCGAUCAGUGGCUUGAGCACCAAGAACGUCGAAUAUGUCGCUAGAGCAAUCGACCAAGUUGUGAGGAAUGUUGAGAGGGCUUAA